CCUCACGUAGAUGUUUAUGUUUCGUUACAGAGUGAACUAGUUUAUACAACGUCAGCAGGCGAUGAAAUUGAUAUCAGGAAGGAAAAUUUUUCGACUCUUUUUAAUUAUUUGGGUAAUAUGCUCAGUUUUCACUCUUUUUAAAUACGCAAGCUAUAUUGAUAUUUUCAACUGGAAUCCUCUCAUCGGAAUGAAUCAAUUCGAGAACAAUCAUAUGGCUGAUCAUAGUAUUAAUAUUAAAACUCAGAAACUGACUCCACCGAAGAAUAACUUGCUCUUGUUUGUGGGUAUUAAUAGUGCCCCUUCUCACAAUAAACGAAGAGCGGCUGGACGAGAUACUUGGCUUAAAGAAUGCAAAGAACGGUCUGAUGUCGUUUGUAAGUAUUUCACCGACGGGAAAGAUUCUCACGGCAAUUUAAUUCUGGGGGAGGAAAAAGUGAAACUUGACCACGAAAGUGAAUUACACGGGGACCUUGUUCGUACUGAAACUCCUGGUGGUUUUACCUUUUCGGUAAGGCUACUGUGGAUACUUCAGUGGGCAUCUGAUAACUACGAUUUUAAAUAUUAUUUGCGACUUGAUGACGACUAUUUUAUUUGUUUGAAUAAGUUGAUGUUUGAGUUGUCGAGUGAGCAGAGACCAAAGCGCAAUUUUCAGUGGGGAUGGCUACACUGCAGAGCACGAGAUGCAACUAUGCUGGAUGAGUCGUUUCUUCUUAUGUCUUCCGAUAUUGUUGAAUCGUUUUUAAGACGGAAGAAUACUUUAAACUGUCUGAUCUGGGAAAGUCAGUCCAUCGGCUAUUGGUUAAAAAAUAUUUCAAACCUGACAACGUUUUCAGAUAAUGGCAGACUAAUUCAUCUUCGGUCUUCGUCUUCAAAUUUCAAGUCAGAUAAGGACGUAAAAAAAAGGAGCGAAAUUUGUCAUUCAGUUCUUGGUCUUCAUCAAAGUUAUCCUGAUCAAAUGAGGUUGUAUUGGAGUAUAUAUGAAAAAGAAGUUAAAUUUAAAAAAUAUGCAAUUCCCAAGGUUGCAUACAUUUGUAAAUUUAAACCAAACGUAAAUUACAUGGCAUGGAAGAAUGAAGAAUUGUGGUUUUCUGAACCUAAACCUUGCAAAAACAAUCCAACUUGGAGAGUUGCAAAAGAAUAUUUGGGUCGGAGCAACGGUAAAGAAAGUGUAACCAAAAAAAAGAAGCAAGCAGGCAAAAAACGUGAACAACGAAUUGAACAAACUUAAAGAAACACAUGCAUGAGCGAUUGUUUCGACUGUAGAAUGGCAUCUGGUGAACAUUUCAUGUUUGUUAUCCUGACAUAAACAUCCGUUAAACUUAUUAUUUUUUCCCUUAUGAUUUCUACUAAAACAUGAAUUUAUACUCCGUAAAAACUACUUUGUGAUCAAAAGAGAACAAGCCAAUUAAAAUACACCAAAGCUA